AAUAAUAAUCAAACAUCCUUUUGUGUGUCUGUUGCAAGACACAUUACAAUUACACAACCGGCAGAAGCAGCGCCUUCAACAAACCAGACAAGAAAGCAGCCAACACUACACCAUUGAUCUUCACUAAAACAAACAAACACACACAGGCCAGGUCAGCACAGGACAACCUCAACGGCGGACAAACCAUCGACCAAUCUAUGAUCCCAAAAUACACACACACAAAAUCACCACCUAUAUAAACACUCAUCUUCUCCAUUCAAUCUCCACAGCAAAGAAAAUGGCGACCCCAACGAUGAUCUUCCUUGCUCUUGCUAUCUUCCUUCAAGGGGCUCUCGGCGAGCUCGUCUGCGAUGAACUGCCGACAGCGUUGUGCUCCUUCUCCAUAGCCUCCAGCGGAAGGCGAUGUGUGCUGGAGACCUCAGGCGGGGCUCCGGCAAGGCUCCAGUGCAAGACUUCCCAAGUGAUGGCCACAAACAUGAAGGAAUACAUCGAGAGUGAGGAGUGUGUGGACGCGUGUGGGGUCGACAGGGAUUCUGUUGGCAUCUCGUCGGACUCUCUGCUGGAGGCGGGGUUCGCUCGUAAGCUCUGCUCUGCACAGUGUUAUGACAACUGCCCGAACAUAGUCGAUCUUUACUCCAACUUGGCUCAGGCAGAAGGCGUGCUUCUACCAGAAUUGUGCAAGAACCAAGGAUCAAGCUCUCACCGUGUCAUGUUUCAGCUCCAGAGUUCGGCUGCAGUGAAGUAUGGCAGCGUAUCUGCACCUGCGUAUGCUCCAAUAUCAGCCAGAACAGAUUCUUCGCUCGACUGUGCUCCAGCACCUAUAUAAUUGCUUUGCUUAAGCAGCUAAAAACAACUUAAAUAUAGAAAUAAAGGUACUCACAUACGACAGUUACUUGUAUUACAGUAUUCAUAUCCUCGAGAUGUAUUAUUACACAUUCGGCAUUCAUGAAAUAUACCUGAAUGAUAUCUAUUUCCUCUAUUUUCUUUCUCUGGCCAUUUGUUGUCUCUGUCCUCUGAUGGAUUUCAAGUUAGCUUCAGCAAUAUCUGAACCACUACUUCAACCAAGGACUGAAUGAAAUAUUACAGUUAACACUUAACAUUAAAGAGUGUAGCAUAUA